GGUUGCUGCUUGACAGAGAGGAAGCUCUUCUCCUUCAGUUUUCAGUUUGUCUUCAACAAUCACGAGGAAAAAAAGACAUGAAGGUUUAUUCUCUGCUGUUGUCAAUCGUCCUCAGCUGCUGUUCUGCAGAAAAUCCCCCUGAUCCACCUGAUCCUCCACUGAUCCGUCUGAACUCUGUCAUCCAGCCAAACCAAACUGAAGUUGUUCUGACUGCUGGCUCCAACUUCACCCUGAGUUGUCAUGGCAAGGGUCCAGUCUCUUGGUCCAGUAAUGCGCUCCGUAAGCUGGACCCAAAAUUGAACCCCAGACACACCGGGACAUAUCACUGUGGUUACACCAACAGGAGCUUGGAGCACCUGAACACCUGGAUCCACCUAUAUAUCAAUGACCCGACUGACCCCUCCAGCGUGUUUGUCACACCUUACAAAACCCGUGAGGUCAAGGAAGGCCAGGACUUCCUGUUCAGGUGUUUGUUGACCGAUCCAUCAGUCACUAACCUCACCCUCCAAGCAGAGACCAGUGAUACCUGUAAGAAGCUGGGCCAGAGCGGGGGAAUGAAUUUUACCCUUGACCCCAGGAGAGGAGCCCUGAUCCGAAACACGCAGGAGCGGUUCAGUGGAUGCUAUGUUUGUUCAGGCUGGAAGGAUGGAAGGAGGUUCAAAUCCAAACCUCUUGAGUUGCUGGUGGUUAGCUGUAAGAUCUGUCAUCCUCCCCCUGUGUCUGUCAGUCAUGAUGAACAGGUUCGUCUGGUAGGAGAGAAGUUUGAGGUCACCUGUCUAGGAAGCAAUCCCUCGCAUCAAUUCAGACUCACCUGGACACAGCCAAAUGCAGAGACACCGAAUGAGACUAUGAGCCAACACUAUGUCAAAGGCCACCUGUACAUCAACAAAACCCUGACAGUCUCUGCUGUCAGUGAGGAACACAGUGGCACCUACACCUGCACAGGUGACAAUGUCGCAGGAGUUGCCACUGCAACCACAAAGCUCAGACUUCUGGACGGUCCCUACCUGAGGAUCUACCUGCAGCAGAUGGGUCAUGCUAAUGCUAACACCAAGACCAUAGCGGACUUGGUUACUAACAUUAGUAGUGAAUUGAAGGAGCAGGGAGAGCUAGAAGCUAACAUUAGCAGCAGUUCACUGGAAGUGAAUAGGGAACUAAUUAUUAAUAUUAGCACCAACAGAAUUGAUUUGGAUGGGGAUAGUAGUGCUAACAUUAGCGGCAGCAGCAUAGUGGAGGUAUAUGAAGGUCAAGAUGUGAUGCUGACCUUUGUGAUAGAGUCGUAUCCUCGAAUCAGGAACCAUCACUGGACGACACCAACAAACAGCAACAAUAACACAGUGUACCAGGAGAGCUACACUGUUAAUGGCUACAGAUCAGUGGUGAGCUUUCUGCUGCAUCGAGUUCAUCUGGAGGAUCAGGGUGGAUACUCGUUCCACUUCUCAAACUCAUUCUUUAGCGGCUCACAGAGCAUCGACCUACGAAUUUACCGUUCUCCGACUACCUUCUUGAGUGUGCAGAACAACACUGUGACCUGCAGCAGCUCUGGAUAUCCACAACCCACAAUCCUCUGGUAUAUCUGCCCUGGGGUCCACGGCACGUGUGGAGACAUCUCCACCUAUCAGGUUUUGCCAGAUGAUGCGACCUCACAGGAAGAAGAAAAGGAGGAAAUCAGGAAAUACCUGACCCUCGACCUGUCACCUGGUGAAGAUGUCACUGUGGAGUGUGUCACCAACAACAGCAUGGGAGAGUCUCGUGGGGUCUUUAAUCCUCGAGGACCUCCGUUGAUCCUCACACAGGCUCUGAUUGGAGCUCUGACCACCAUUGCCAUCCUCCUCCUGCUUUUAUUUGUUGUUUGUUACCAUUGGAGACAGAAACCAAAAUAUGAGAUUCGUUGGAAGAUCAUUGAGAGCACCAACGGAAACAACUACAUCUUUGUUGACCCCACCCAGCUGCCGUACAACUACAAGUGGGAGUUUCCCCGAGACAAACUCCGCCUCGGUGCUGUUUUGGGUUCGGGAGCGUUCGGGAAGGUCGUUGAGGCAACAGCGUAUGGGUUGGGAACUGACAAUGACGUCACACGAGUAGCUGUGAAGAUGCUCAAACCGAGUGCUCACUCUGAGGAACGUGAAGCCCUGAUGUCGGAGCUGAAGAUCCUCAGCCAUCUUGGUUACCAUGACAACAUCGUGAACCUACUGGGCGCCUGCACUCAAGGAGGCCCCAUGUUGAUGAUUACAGAGUACUGUAGCCAUGGUGACCUGCUCAAUUUCCUGCGGGCUCAUGCUCAGGACUUCAUGGCGUCUAUUUUGAGUGUUGAUGAAGUGAAGGGGGAGGCCUUCUAUAAGAACAUGGCUAACCAGCAUGCCAGGCUCAGGAGUGACAGCGGGAUCUCGUGUUGUUCAGAGUAUCAGGAGAUGCAGCCAGUUCUGAGUCCAGGACAAACACACUUGGAUGUGCAGACAGACAGUCUGUCUGUUGGUGACCUCAUGAGGUUUUCCUACCAGGUGGCUCAGGGUUUGGACUUCCUGUCCACCAGGAAUUGUAUCCACAGAGAUGUAGCAGCGAGGAACGUCCUGCUGACUGAUCAUCAUGUUGCAAAGAUCUGUGACUUCGGCUUGGCUCGAGACAUCAGGAACGACGAUAGCUACAUCGUCCAGGGAAACGCUCGUCUCCCAGUGAAAUGGAUGGCUCCAGAGAGCAUCUUUCAGUGUGUUUACACCGUCCAGAGUGACGUCUGGUCCUACGGAGUCCUACUGUGGGAGAUCUUCUCUCUGGGUAAGAGUCCUUACCCAAAUGUUGCAGUGGAUACCAACUUCUACAAGAUGAUCAAAGAUGGCCGCCACAUGACUCAGCCAGAUUUCGCUCCACUAGAGAUGUAUCAGCUGAUGACGCUCUGCUGGAGUUUGGAGCCCACAGACAGACCAACCUUUAAAAUAAUUGGUCAGCUCAUUAACAGACUCCUUCCCUCCACCAAAGACACGUCACCACAUUACAGCGACAAGCUGUACAGGAACAUCGAUGAGUGCGGAGAAGAAGAAGAGGAAGAGGAGGUCAGAGGAGGAGACGCACUGAAGAGAGGAGAAGAAGAGCGACGCCAAAGAGAGCGCCAUGAUGAUGAUAAUGCUGAUGAAGAGGAGCCAAUGAUAAAGAACAUCUAUCAGCUGUCCUGAUCAAAAUAAAACUCUUUUUUGUUUUUGUUUAUUUGUUUGUGCUUUGCUUUUUAAUGGGCGUGUUAUUCCAAAUUCUGAACUACUUACAGUUACAGUUACAGUUUUAGAUCUUUAGUCCUCAGUAAACCCAACAUACCCAUAUUAUGUGUGUAAUUAAAAUACAUUAUAAACUCCAUGAUGGCAUUAAACCACUGACUGAAAACAGUAAAGGUCAGUUUCUUUUUUUUUCUUUUUUUACAUAAAUGUAAUUUUUAUUAAUCCAGUCUUGAUCAGAAGUGUAAUUUUUUUUUUUUGUAUUUUUACUGUAAUUUUGUUUUUAUUGUGUAAAAAUAAAUUCAGACUAACAGCA